AGGAGCAUCCAUUUCUAUCCCACAUUGUCUUCUCCAAUCCAAAUCCCUCUAUUAUUUGGGUAAAAAAUGGCGACGAUGACGAGCUUGAUUGGGUUGAUAAACAAGAUCCAAAGAGCCUGCACCCUCCUUGGCGAUCAUGGUGGCCAAGGAAUGUCUCUCUGGGAAAUUCUCCCUUCUGUUGCUGUUGUUGGUGGCCAGAGUUCUGGGAAAUCUUCGGUUUUGGAGAGUGUUGUAGGGAGAGAUUUCUUGCCUCGUGGAUCUGGCAUUGUUACUCGGAGGCCAUUGGUGUUGCAACUUCAUAAGACAGAAUCUGGGACUGAAUAUGCAGAGUUUCUUCAUUCACCAAAGAAGAGAUUCACUGAUUUCGUUGCUGUUCGUAAGGAGAUUGCAGAUGAAACAGAUCGAAUAACUGGGAAGACAAAGCAAAUCUCUAAUAUUCCAAUUCACUUGAGCAUAUAUUCUCCAAAUGUUGUCAACUUAACACUUAUAGAUCUUCCUGGGUUGACAAAAGUUGCUGUAGAAGGACAGUCGGAGACUAUAGUCGAAGAUAUUGAAAACAUGGUGCGUACUUACGUUGAAAAGCCGAACUGCAUCAUAUUGGCCAUUUCUCCUGCUAAUCAAGACAUUGCCACUUCAGAUGCCAUAAAGCUUGCAAGAGAUGUUGAUCCGUCAGGUGAACGAACUUUUGGUGUGCUAACGAAACUUGAUCUUAUGGAUAAGGGAACAAAUGCCGUGGACGUUCUCGAAGGAAGGGCAUACAGGCUUCAACAGCCUUGGGUUGGAAUUGUCAAUCGUUCUCAAGCUGACAUAAAUAAGAAUGUUGAUAUGAUUCUUGCUCGUCGAAAAGAGCGUGAAUAUUUUGAAACAAGCCCUGAUUAUGGGCACUUAGCAAGUAGGAUGGGAUCAGAGUAUCUUGCAAAACUAUUGUCUGAGCAUUUAGAGCUUGUUAUCAGGCAGCGCAUACCAAGCAUCAUUGCUUUGAUAAAUAAGACCAUUGAUGAGCUCAAUGCAGAGUUGGACCGUAUUGGCAGGCCUAUUGCAACUGAUGGAGGGGCCCAGUUAUACAUGAUUUUAGAACUCUGUCGUGCAUUUGACCGUGUCUUCAAGGAGCACCUGGAUGGAGGGCGACCUGGUGGGGAUCGGAUAUUUGGAGUUUUUGACAACCAAUUGCCGGCUGCUUUGAAGAAACUACCCUUUGAUCGUUAUCUUUCAUUAAAAAAUGUCCAAAAAGUUGUCACAGAGGCUGAUGGCUAUCAGCCACAUUUGAUUGCUCCAGAACAAGGAUACAGAAGGCUGAUUGAUGGUGCUAUCAGCUAUUUCAAAGGGCCAGCUGAAGCCUCCGUGGAUGCUGUGCACUAUGUAUUGAAAGAACUUGUAAGGAAGUCGAUUGCUGAAACACAGGAAUUGAAGCGAUUUCCAUCGCUUCAAACUGACAUAGCUACUGCUGCAAAUGAAUCUUUGGAAAAAUUCCGUGAUGAAAGCCGUAAGACAGUUUUACGGCUAGUGGAGAUGGAGUCCAGUUACUUGACAGCCGAUUUUUUCCGAAAGCUUAAUGCUGAACCAGAGAAGAACCUAAACCCAUCUGACAAGAAAAAAAAUGCAGAACCAGCCAAGAAUCCAAACCAAUCUGGCCACACUGGUGACCGUUUAAAUGAAAGUUAUCUCAGAAGGAUUGGAUCAAAUGUUAAUGCUUAUAUAGCCAUGGUUUGUGAUACAUUGAGGAAUACUAUACCGAAGGCGGUGGUUUAUUGCCAAGUCAAGGAGGCCAAGAGGUCACUGCUGACCAACUUUUAUGCCCAAGUCGGAAGUAGAGAGAAGGAAAGACUGAGUGCAAUGUUGGAUGAAGACCCUCAACUGAUGGAAAGGCGAAUUCAGAUUGCCAAACGUCUGGAGCUUUACAUAUCCUCAAGAGAUGACAUUGAUGCUGUCUGUUGGAAGUGAUCCCCUUUUCUUCUCUCUAUUAUUCCCAUAGAUUUUCUUUUUCUUUUUGGUCUAAUUUCUAAAUCAUGGCAAACUGCUCUGGUUCAUUUGAAUGAUAAUGAAGAUUGAUUUGAA